AUGCGCUCGAUAUUACAACGCACGGCUCUCAGACUAUGUCAGUGGCGUAAUAGCAGAGUGCCCGCUCUCUCCAGCCGUUCCUAUGCAGUUCAAGCUCCCGGCGCACCCACAGUGGAAGUAUUCGACCAGAGAACGAAAUGGCUUCACAAGGAGCGUGCUGCCUCCAGCCCGGAGCAGAGCCGUCAGGUAGACUACCUCCGAGAUGAGAUGGCUAUGCGGCUUUGCGAUCGCAUCCUCGACAUCAACCGAACUUUCCCCAAGGUGUUAGAUUUUGGGGCGAAUGCAUGCAACAUCGCUCGCGCUUUGACUCGUCCUGACCCCGACCCAGAAUCGGCGAAGCCAUCCGUCGAGCCCAUUAGCAAGAGAAUAGGGAGCAUCAUAUGCACGGACACAAGCCAAAAGAUGUUGGAUAGAGAUCGGAAUGAACCAUUUAAUAAGGAGAUCAACAUUACCCGAGAGGUGUUGAAGAAUCCAGAGUAUAUCCCCUACGAAGCAGAAACUUUUGAUAUGGUAAUCUCGAAUCUUUCCUUACAUUGGGUCAACGAUCUCCCUUCGGUGCUCACUCAGAUGAACAACUGCUUAAAACCAGACGCACCGGUCUUGGCUGCUAUGUUCGGAGGAGACAAUCUAUACGAGUUAAGAGGCUCACUGCAGUUAGCAGAACAGGAGCGCCUUGGUGGUAUUGGAACUCACAUGUCUCCUCUGGCAGACGUAAGGGACGUUGGCAAUCUGCUGAAUCGUGCCGGAUUCAAGCUAUUGACUGUCGACGUGGACGACAUCAUUGUGGACUACCCCAACAUCUUCGCACUCAUGUCGGACCUACAAUCUAUGGGAGAAGCCAAUGCUGCUUUACGAAGAAGUCCAAGCGGUAUUAGCAGGGACGUACUACUGGCAACUGAGGCCAUCUACAGAGAAAUGUACGGCGAGCAGCAAGAAGACGGCAGCGUAACACUUCCAGCAACAUUCAGGAUGAUCUAUAUGAUUGGCUGGAAAGAGAGUGAGACCACGCCGCGGCCACUUGAGCGUGGUUCUGGCGAGGUGAAUCUCAAGGACCUGUUUGAAAGUGAUGGGUCCAAGAAGAGCUGA